AUGCCUCCGCCGUCUCCCGCUCCCUCCUCGCUCCUCUUCACCAUCUCGUCGCACAAGGGCGCGGUGCACACGGCAGUGUACAAUGCGGGGAGCUCCUACAUCCUGAGCGGUGGGGCGGACAGGCAGAUCAAGCUCACGAACGCCAAGAGCGGGAUGGAGGUCAAGACGUACGGAGGGCACGGGUACGAGGUCCUUGGGAUUGCCUGUUCGCACGACAACUCUCGCUUCGCUUCGUGCGGAGGAGACCGUUCCGUCUUUCUCUGGGAUGUCACGUCGGGCGACAUUGUGCGACGGCUGAGCGGACACACGGGCAAGGUGAAUGCGGUCGCGUGGAAUGCGGAUUCAAGCGUGCUGGCGAGCGGCUCUUUCGACACUUCCGUCCGGUUAUGGGACAUCAAGUCGCAAAAUCGUGCGCCGCUGCAGGUUCUCGAGGGCGCUCGCGAUUCGAUAAUGUCGAUACGGAUUCACGACCAUCUCAUCUGUACGGGGAGCGUUGACGGUUACGUGCGGACCUACGACUUGCGGAUGGGCCAGAUGCAGGCGGACUUUUUCGACCAACCCGUGACUUCGCUUGCCUUCACCGUCGACGCCUCCCUCCUCCUCGUCUCGACCCUCGAUUCGACACACCGCCUGCUUGACCUCCAGCACGGCACCGUCGUCCAGUCAUUCACCGGUCACAAGAACACGAGCUAUCGCAGCCAGAGCUGUCUGGGGCGGAAGGAGGAGACGGUCGUGUGCGGUGACGAGGAGGGGAAGGUGUGGACUUGGGAUCUCGAAGCUGGUUCUCCGCUCGGCAAGCCCUUCAAGGCGCACGAAAAGGCCAUCCUGUGGACCGCACACCACCCGAAGGAGCAGCAGCUCGUGACGGCGAGUUCGGACGGGACGGUCAAGGUCUGGGGAGUCGCGGACCCGGGGCGAUGA